AUGGCGCAAUCCUUAUCUUUAGCUUCACCGCUGCUUCCCUCAGUCUCUCUCAUCUCCAACCCCAUCGCCAAAACCCCCAAAACCUCUCUCUCCUUUCGCCGGGACACCCCUCUCCACAAGGUCGGUGGGCUGAGUAUAAGAUGCGCUCGUGUUGGUGGGGUUGAGAUACCGAACAACAAGAGGGUGGAGUACUCUUUGCAGUACAUCCAUGGGAUUGGGCGGACUAGGUCGAGGCAGAUACUCAACGAUUUGAACUUCGAUAACAAGCUCACCAAGGAUUUGUCCGAGGAGGAGCUCACCAUUCUGCGUGGGGAGGUUUCGAAGUACAUGAUUGAGGGAGAUCUCACAGAGUUCCGAUCAUCUCGUUCUUGGUUCCGUUCAUCUCGUGAAGCCACAAGCCACAUAAUGCGUUUUGUGGUGAGGAAUGAGGAGGAAGCCGCGGCGGCACUCGUCGUCGCCAGGGUACUUGCUCCGGACACCCUGACGGUGAAGUUGGACUCAGAAAUGGCGCCGAACGUUGCAGCUAGGGUUAUUGAGGACUUGGCUGUUGCAGACAACAUCUUCAUAAUCGAUGUUGACCAAAACACCGUUGCUUGGUCUGUCGCGAAAGCUGGAGCAGUUGUUGGGGCAGCAGCAGUGUUAGCUCUGGAGCAGUUGUUGGGGGCAGCAGCAGUGUUAGCUGUGUUCUGUGUGAAGGCCAAAGAGUCUCAAAAUGAGAAGAUCAAGCUGAUCGGGUCUAUUGUAAGCUCAGCCGUGGGUCUCAUCAACAUCUUCUCGAUCUUCUCCGAGUUCCGCUCGAGGAUUAACUAA